AGAUCCGAUGGGAGGAAUUCUGUACAAUAUAUUUCACCGUUGGAACGAUCAUGGCUAACAUAUAAUCGUCAGGUUAACGAACGACGGAAAUGCCAUUCUUCGAGAAAUUGAUGUAGCUCAUCCCGCCGCGAAGAACAUGAUUGAGCUUAGUCGCACGCAAGAUGAGGAGUGUGGAGAUGGAACUACAAGUGUAAUCAUCCUGGCGGGUGAGAUUCUUGCACAAUCGCUGUCUCAACUGGAACGAGAUAUCCAUCCUGUUGUCAUCAUCUCCGCUUAUAACAAGGCACUGAAAGAAGCUCUGGAUAUUAUCCAGCGGAUAUCGGUGCCGAUCGACGUAAAAAACGACGAGGAGAUGUUGUCUCUCAUAAAGACGUCUAUCGGCACGAAGUUCGUUAUGCGAUGGUCCGAUCUCAUGUGCAAACUUGCGUUACAGGCGGUUCGAACUGUCGCGCAGGAAGAAAAUGGACUUAAAACUGUGGACAUCAAGCGAUACGCGCGUGUCGAGAAGAUACCAGGCGGGGAAAUAGAACAGAGUCAAGUAUUGAGCGGGGUCAUGUUGAACAAGGACAUCACCCACUCUCGUAUGAGACGACGAAUCUCAAACCCGAGAAUUAUAUUAUUGGAUUGCCCGUUGGAAUAUAAGAAAGGAGAGAGUCAGACGAACAUGGAGUUUUCUAAGGAAAGCGACUGGCAACGUGCUCAAGACAUCGAAGAAGAGCAGGUUAAAGCAAUGGUCAACAGAAUUCUAGAGUUCAAACCAGACCUUGUUAUCACAGAGAAGGGUGUUUCAGACCUUGCUCAACAUGUUCUGGUCAAGCAUAACGUAUCAGCAAUCCGACGAGUACGAAAGUCAGACAAUAACCGUAUCGCGCUAGCUGUUGGUGCGACCAUCGUCAAUCGGGUGGAGGACUUACGCGAUUCCGAUGUCGGGAUGAAAUGCGGUCUUUUCAACAUUGAAAAGAUUGGAGACGAGUAUUUCACUUUCCUUACCGAUUGUAACACUCCCAAAGCAUGCACCAUCGUUCUCCGAGGUCCUUCAAAGGAUAUUCUCAACGAGAUCGACCGAAACCUUGCUGAUGCAAUGUCAGUUGCCCGAAAUGUGGUUUUCAACCCUACACUUGCUCCAGGUGGUGGCGCGACAGAGAUGGCCAUCGGUGUCGGUUUGCAAGCAAAAGCAAGGAGCAUCGUCGGUGUUGAGGGAUGGCCAUUUAGAGCUGUAGCCGAUGCAAUGGAGGUCAUACCGAGGACGUUGGUCCAAAACGCUGGAGGAAAUGCAAUCCGUGUCUUGACUGAACUUCGCGCUAAACACGCAAAUGGAGAGAACUCGUGGGGAGUCAAUGGUGAGACUGGAAAGAUCGUGGACAUGAAAUCCUAUGGUCUCUACGAGUCCGCCAGCGUCAAGAUUCAAACCUUGAAGACUGCUAUUGAGGCUGCUCGGAUGUUGUUGCGAGUGGACGACGUUGUGCAGGCUGUUAGAAAAGACAGAGAGCAAAAUCAAGGUCCUCCUCCGGAGGAAAUGAUGGAAGGCUAGUGUCUAGCAUAUAUGUAUACUUUAGUGAAUGUGGUCUACUUGAGGCUCCUCGUCUUCUGAAGAUUAAGUCGAUUAAGUCCCAGUAUCAGACGCGUCAUUAACAUGUAAAUUCUUGAG